AGCGCCGCCGGACGGGGAUCACCGGCGGGCGGCGAGCGGAGGCGGCCCGGGCCCGGCGGUCUCCGAGAUGUCACGAUGGCUGUGGCCGUGGUCGAACUGUGUGAAAGAGCGGGUCUGCCGCUACUUGCUGCACCACUACCUGGGUCACUUCUUCCAGGAGCACCUCAGCCUGGACCAGCUCAGCCUGGAUCUCUACAAGGGCAGCGUCGCCCUCCGGGACAUCCACCUGGAGAUCUGGUCUGUGAACGAGGUGCUGGAGUCCAUGGAGUCGCCGCUGGAGCUGGUAGAAGGCUUUGUGGGCUCCAUCGAGGUGGCCGUGCCCUGGGCCGCCCUGCUCACCGACCACUGCACGGUGCGCGUGUCCGGCCUCCAGCUCACCCUGCAGCCCCGCCAGAGCCCAGGGCCAGGGCCUGCAGACUCCCAGAGCUGGGCCUCCUGCAUGACCACCAGCCUGCAGCUGGCCCAGGAGUGUCUGCGGGCCGGGAUGCCGGAGCCCUCGGAGCCCCCGCAGCCACUGGAGGGGCUGGAGAUGUUCGCCCAGACCAUCGAGACUGUGCUGCGGAGGAUCAAGGUGACCUUUCUGGACACGGUUGUGAGAGUGGAGCGCUCGCCGGGCGACGGGGAGCCAGGCGUGGCCGUGGAGGUCCACGUGCAGAGACUGGACUACUGUGACGAGGCCGUGCGAGACCCGAGCCAAGCGCCGCCGGUAGACGUGCACCAGCCGCCCGCCUUCCUGCACAAGCUGCUGCAGCUGGCCGGCGUCCGCCUGCACUUCGAGGAGCUCCCGCCCCAGGAGGAACCUCCGGAGCCCCCCGUGCAGAUUGGCAGCUGCUCAGGGUACAUGGAACUCGUGGUGAAGCUGAAACAAAACGAAGCCUUCCCGGGCCCCAAGUUGGAGGUGGCGGGACAGCUGGGCUCCCUGCACCUGCUCCUGACCCCACGGCAGCUCCAGCAGCUUCAGGAACUGCUUGGCGCCGUGAGCCUCCCAGACCCCGAAGGCCUGGCUGACAAGCUGAACAAGAGCCGGCCACUGGGCGCCGAAGACCUGUGGCUGAUUGAACAGGACCUGAACCAGCAGCUGCAGGCGGGCGCCGCGGCGGAGCCCCUCAGCCCAGACCCUCUUUCCAACCCCCUUCUGAACCUGGACAGCACCGACCUCUUCUUCUCCAUGGCGGGCCUCACCAGCAGCGUGGCCUCAGCCGUCUCCGAGCUCUCGCUCUCAGACGUGGACCUGGGCUCCUCAGUGCACAGCCGCGUGGGCUCCCGCCGGGCUUCUGCCCAGGCCCCCCGAGCUGGCAAGGCGGCCCCCACGCCUCUCCCAGACACCCUGCGCCCUGACUCGCUGCUGAAGAUGACCUUGGGGGGCCUGACCUUGACCCUGCAGCAGACAUCCGCCCCGUCUCCUGGCCCACCUGACCUCGCUGCCCGCUUUUUUGCCGAGUUUGAUGCCGCCAAGGAGGGGCCUAUCGGCUCCCGUGACUUCCACCACCUGCGGCCCCACUUCCAGAGAGCCUGUCCCUGCAGCCACGUGCGGCUGACGGGCGCGGCGGUGCAGCUGUCCUGGGAGCUGCGCACGGGCAGCCGAGGCCGGCGGACCAGCAGCACGGAGGUGCACUUCGGGCAGCUGGAGGUGCUGGAGUGUCUCUGGCCCAGGGGCGCCUCGGAGCCGGAGUACACGGAGAUCCUGAGUUUUCCCAGUAACCUGAGCUCCCAGGCCUCAGCUCGGCCUUCCGCCCACCUGCGCCACACCCAGACCCUGCGUCGUGUGCCCAAGAGCCGACCCCGGCGCUCAGUUGCCUGCCAUUGCCACUCAGAGCUGGCCUUGGACCUGGACGACUUCCAAGCGGACGUGGAGCUCGGGGCCCUGGACCGGCUCGCUGCCCUGCUGCGCCUGGCCACCACACCCCCCGAGCCGCCUGCCGGCCUCCUGACAGAGCCCCCGCCGAUGACCGAGCAGCAGACCGUGUUUCGGCUGGCGGCGCCCCGGGCCACACUGCGGCUGCGCUUCCCCAUCGCCGACCUGCGGCCCGAGCGCGACCCCUGGGCAGGCCGGGCCGUGCGGGCCGAGCAGCUGCGGCUGGAGCUGAGUGAGCCCCAGUUCCGGUCAGAGCUUAGCAGUGGGCCCGGGCCCCCAGCGCCCACCCACCUGGAGCUCACCUGCUCCGACCUGCAUGGUGUGUACGAAGACGGCGAGAAGCCACCUGUCUCCUGUCUCCGAGUCUCCAAAGCCCUGGACCCCAAGAGCACUGGGCACAAGUACUUCCUGCCCCAGGUAGUGCUGACCCUGAACCCCCAGGCCAGCAGCGCGCAGUGGGAGGUGGCCGCACAGAAGGGAGAGGAGCUGGAACUGUCCACGGAGAGCCCCUGCGAGCUGCAGGAGCCCGAGCCCUCGCCCUUCUCCUCCAAGAGGACCAUGUACGAGACGGAGGAGAUGGUGAUUCCCGGAGACCCCGAGGAGAUGCGGACAUUCCAGACUCGGACCCUGGCGCUGUCCCGCUGCACCCUGGAAGUGACCCUGCCCAGUGCCCACAUCUUCCUGCCUAGCAAGGAGGUCUACGAGAGCAUCUACAACAGGAUCAACAAUGACCUGCUCAUGUGGGAGCCCGCGGACCUGCUGCCCACCCCCGGCCCCGCCGCCCAGCCCCCCGGCUGCCCCAGCCCCUCUUCCCUGUGGCACGACAGCUUCAAGAUGUGCAAGUCCGCCUUCAAGCUGGACUCGGACUCAGACGAUGAAGACGCCCCCUUCUUCUCCGUGGGGGCAUCCGGUGCCCCCCAGCAGCCGCCGGCCGCUGAGCCCUCGAGCUCUGCUCUCUCCCAGAGCACCCUGUCUGCCCUGGUGACGGUGCUGAAGGGUCGGAUCACAGUGCUCUGCGAGGCCAAGGACGAGGGUGGCGGGCGGCUGGAGGCCGUGCACGGGGAGCUCGUGUUGGACGUGGAGCAGGGCACCAUCUUCAGCGUCUCCCAGUACCGGGGCCAGCCUGGACUCGGCUAUUUCUGCCUGGAAGCUGAGAGGGCCACCCUGUACCACCGAGCGGCCGUGGACGACUACGUGCUGCCCACUCACCUGGAGCUGCCCAGCUGUCCCCCGCCGGCCCGGCUAGCCCCCACCAUCUACCCCUCAGAAGAAGGCGUGACCGAGCAGGGCGCCUCGGGCCGCAAGGGCCAGGGCCGGGGCCCGCACAUGCUGUCCGCUGCUGUGCGCAUCCACCUGGACCCCCACAGGAACAUCAAGGAGUUCCUGGUGACGCUGCGGCUGCACAGAGCCACCCUGCGCCACUACAUGGCCUUGCCUGAGCAGAGCUGGCACUCCCAGCUGCUGGAGUUCCUAGGCGUGCCUGACGACCCUGUGCUGGGCUACCUGCCCCCCACGGUCAUCACCGUCCUGCACACACACCUGUUCUCCUGCGCCGUGGACUACAGGCCGCUCUACCUCCCCGUGCGAGUCCUCAUCACCGCGGAGACCUUCACGCUGUCCAGCAACAUCGUCAUGGACACGUCCACCUUCCUGCUCAGGUUCAUCCUCGACGACUCGGCCUUGUUCCUGUCCGACAAGUGUGAGGUGGAGACCCUGGAUCUGCGGCGAGAUUACGUCUGUGUCCUGGAUGUUGACCUCCUGGAGCUUGUGAUCAAAACCUGGAAGGGGAGCACGGAGGGCAAACUGAGCCAGCCGCUGUUCGAGCUGCGCUGCUCCAACAACGUGCUGCACGUGCACAGCUGUGCUGACUCCUGCGCCCUGCUGGUCAACCUGCUGCAGUACGUACUGAGCGCGGGCGACCUGCACCCCCCGCCCCGGCCCCCCAGCCCCACGGAGAUCGCCGGCCAGAAGGUACAGCUCUCGGAGAGCCCCGCCUCCCUGCCCGCCUGCCCCCCGGUGGAGACGGCCCUCAUCAACCAGCGGGACCUGGCCGACGCCCUGCUGGACACUGAGCGGGGCCUGCGGGAGCUGGCCCAGCCCUCAGGUGUGGGGACGUGCCGGGGACAGCAGAUGCAGCCAAGUGUCCACAGCAGGCACGUCCCCAGACCGGCCUGUCUCUCUCCCGUAGGUGGCCCGCUCCCUCAGGCCUCUCCCGUCUCCGUCUACCUGUUCCCAGGUGAACGGAGUGGGGCCCAGCCCCCUUCGCCUCCUGCCGGGGGCCCUGCUGGCAGCUUAGGGGCCCGGUCCGAGGCAAAGCAGAAUGAAAAGGAAGAGGAGGGGGAAGCAGACACACUGGACAGCGACGAGUUCUGCAUCCUGGACGCCCCUGGCCUGGGCAUCCCGCCUCGAGACGGGGAGCCCGUGGUGACGCAGCUGCACCCAGGCCCCAUCGUCGUACAGGACGGACACUUCUCGCGGCCGCUGGGCAGCACGGACCUGCUGCGGGCCCCCGCCCACUUCCCCGUGCCCAGCAGCCGCGUGGUGCUCCGUGAGGUCUCACUCGUCUGGCACCUGUACGGGGGCCGGGACUUCGGCCCCCACCCUGGCCACAGGGCGAGAGUUGGCCUCCCAGGCCGGGGCUCCCCUUCCCGCUGUUCCGGCCCCAACCGGCCCCAGAACACGUGGCGGACACAGGGGGGCAGCGGGCGGCAGCACCAGGUCCUCAUGGAGAUCCAGCUCAGCAAGGUGAGCUUCCAGCACGAGGUGUACCCAGCGGAGCCAGCCGCAGGCGCUGCGGCCCCCGGCCCGGAGCUGGAGGAGCGGCCACUGUCGCGCCAGGUGUUCAUCGUGCAGGAGCUCGAGGUCCGGGACCGGCUCGCCUCCUCCCAGAUCAACAAGUUCCUGUACCUGCACACCAGCGAGCGCAUGCCGCGGCGCGCGCACUCCAACAUGCUGACCAUCAAAGCGUUGCACGUGGCCCCCACCACCGCCGUGGGUGGGCCCGAGUGCUGCCUCCGCGUCUCCCUGAUGCCCCUGCGGCUGAACGUGGACCAGGAUGCCCUCUUCUUCCUCAAGGACUUCUUCACCAGCCUGGCAGCUGGCAUCAACCCCAUGGUCCCAGGGGAGAGCUCCGCGGAGGCUCACCCUGAGACGCGAGUCCGACCCAGCAGCCCCCAGGAAGGGCAGCCGGAGGGCGUGGAGACGGCAGGUGCACGGGAGGCCGCGGCGGGCGGGCACAGCUCCCCCUCGGCAGAGCGGCAGCCGGUCUACUUCAGGGAGUUCCGCUUCACAUCGGAGGUGCCCAUCUGGCUAGAUUACCAUGGCAAGCACGUCACCGUGGACCAAGUGGGCACUUUCGCUGGCCUCCUCAUCGGCCUGGCUCAGCUCAACUGCUCGGAGCUGAAGCUGAAGCGGCUCUGCUGCCGGCACGGGCUCCUGGGUGUGGACAAGGUGCUGGGCUAUGCUCUUAACGAGUGGCUGCAGGACAUCCGCAAGAACCAGCUGCCCGGCCUGCUGGGCGGCGUGGGCCCCAUGCACUCAGUCGUCCAGCUCUUCCAAGGGUUCCGGGACCUGCUGUGGCUGCCCAUUGAGCAGUACCGGAAGGACGGGCGCCUCAUGCGGGGGCUGCAGCGGGGGGCUGCCUCCUUCGGCUCCUCCACAGCCUCCGCCGCCCUGGAGCUCAGCAACCGGCUGGUGCAGGCCAUCCAGGCCACGGCGGAGACCGUGUACGACAUCCUGUCCCCGGCGGCACCCGUCUCCCGCUCCCUACAGGGCAAACGCUCUGCCCGAAGGCUGCGCAAAGGCCAGCAGCCUGCCGACCUGCGGGAGGGCGUGGCCAAGGCCUAUGACACGGUUCGGGAGGGCAUCCUGGACACGGCUCAGACCAUCUGUGACGUGGCGUCGCGGGGCCACGAGCAGAAGGGGCUGACGGGCGCCGUGGGGGGUGUGAUCCGCCAGCUGCCGCCCACCGUGGUGAAGCCACUCAUCGUGGCCACAGAGGCCACGUCCAGCCUGCUGGGGGGCAUGCGCAACCAGAUCCUCCCCGACGCCCACAAGCACCACGCCCUCAAGUGGCGCUCCGAGGCCCAGGACUGAGCCGAGGGCGCCCGGGACCCAGGGGGCUAGGCCUGGACCCUUCAGGGACGCCACUGUGAAGGGCCUUGGCCCCCGUUGCCAGUUCGCCGCGAGGCCGGGGCCCUGCCCUGCGGCCUCAGCCUGCCUGCACUUUCCUCGGGCCUGCGCCGCCGGCCGGGCCCACGCCGCCGCCCCAUCCCAGGAUGGGCGCUUCCGGACUCUUGGACCUGACCGCACUCAGCCAAAUGUCUUUCCGUGUCUCGGGGAGGCAGGGGACAGACACCGUGUGGUUCAGUGUAUUAUUUUUACGCUCCUUGAGCGUGUGGGUCGGUGUCUGCAUGAAGUGGAAUAAACCGCGCCCACCGCCA